AUGCCCAGUCCAGUUAAGAAGAGGAAGCUCAACAAUGGUACCAAGCCUGGACUUUCGGAGCCCAAGGGGCUCGAGUACUUCUUUUCCAAACAGAAGAAGAGUGACAUACACACUGAGAUUCCAGUUGACGAUGGAGAACCGAGUGGUAUCUCUACCCAGCUUACGGACGAGGAACUGGCUCGCAAGCUGCAGGCCGAAUUCGACCGAGAGGUGACGCGAGAAACCUGGUCCGGAUCCCAAAGCGAAACGGGUGCUAAGGAGGAUCGUUCAAAUUUGUCAAGUCAAGGUCCUGAAUUACAUGAAAAGCCAAAAUCUGUGACCAGUCCUGCUUUGAUACAGCAGGAAGAAGCGGCGCGAUCGACGGCCGGGAAGCCGGACACUAUUCUCACACUUCAAUCCACUGGCACGGCCGAAGAUAUCCUCACUUCCUCUCUCCCGCUUGAUGAAUCGCCACUUUCCUUUGAGCCGUCAAAAUAUAUACCGCAAUUGGUACAGGCUUGGUCGAGUUUGGACGGACAUGCGUCGUAUGGCUUGCUCACCCGCUGCUUUGUGUUGGUUGGUGCGACGACGAGUCGCAUCAAAAUCGUGGACACUCUUGUUAAUUGUUUGAGACUGCUAAUUGAAGGAGAUCCUUCGAGUCUGCUGCCAGCCGUUUGGCUUGCUACCAACUCAAUAUCUCCGCCAUAUAAGUCUUUGGAACUCGGUCUAGGAGGGUCGGCCAUCUCCAAAGCCCUUAGAAAAGUAUGCGGUCUUGACAAUCGGACAUUGAAAGCCAUAUACGACAAGCACGGUGACGCUGGAGAUGUCGCUUUCGAGGCCAAGAAGAAGCAAAGCUUCACACUCCGAAAACCAAAGCCACUCACCAUCAAGGAUGUCUAUCAGUCAUUGACCAAGAUUGCCACAACCCAAGGGCAAGGAAGCAAUGAAGCGAAGCAACGCAUUGUGGAUCGAAUGCUUCAAGAUGCGAGAGGAGGCGAAGAGAGCCGAUUCAUCGUUCGGACACUGUGCCAACAUCUGAGAAUCGGCGCCGUCAAAACAACCAUGCUCAUUGCGCUCUCAAGGGCAUUCUUGCUAUCUCGACCACCUGGGGCCGACUUCCAACUGCAGCCAACUUCUGAACUUGCCAAGUUAAAGAAGGAGGAACUAGCUGAAGUCUGGAGCAGACCCGAGGAGCUUGUCAAGGCCUGCUUUGCAAAACGACCCAACUACAACGACAUCAUCCCGGUACUUCUAGAGAUUGGCGUGACGGAGGAGUUGCUGGUUCGCUGUGGCUUAACCCUCCACAUCCCGCUGCGGCCAAUGCUGGGAAGCAUCACACGGGACUUGUCGGAGAUGCUGACCAAACUUCAAGGGCGUGACUUCGCUUGCGAGUUUAAAUACGACGGGCAAAGAGCGCAGGUGCAUUGCGACGAGAAGGGCACCGUGUCCAUCUUUUCCCGGCAUCUGGAACUCAUGACGGAAAAGUAUCCCGAUCUCGUCGAAUUGGUGCCCACGAUUCGAGGCUCGGGCGUCAGCAGCUUCAUCAUGGAAGGCGAAGUCGUCGCCAUUGAUCGAGAAUCCGGUGAUCUCAAAAAUUUUCAGACACUCACAAAUCGCGCACGAAAAGAUGUCGCCAUCGGAAGCAUCAAGAUCGAUGUAUGCUUCUUCGCAUUUGAUCUCAUGUAUCUCAACGGACAGCCCCUCCUCGAUCGUCCCUUUCGGGAGCGAAGAGAACUGCUGCGCUCCUUGUUUAUCGAGGUUCCUCACCGUUUUACUUGGGUGAGGAGCCUCGAUGCUACAUCGGGAGAUUCCGAAAAUGUCUUGGAGUUCUUCAAGUCGGCCACGGAGAGCAAAUGCGAAGGCAUCAUGGUCAAGAUCCUUGACAACUUGUCCGUGCCCGACGUACUCUGCGCCGGAGAUGCAGAAGUUCGGCUAGCUGCAGACGGAGAGAAACUGCUGCUGCCCAAAUCGAGGUCCAAGUCGAAGAAGAGUAACAUAGCAGCGGCAGCCACAGGAGAAGGCGAAGAAAAGAGAGUGAAGGGUCGGCGAAAAGCCCUCCUAGCCACGUAUGAGCCCGACAAACGGCUUGACGCAUGGCUAAAGGUGAAAAAAGAUUACAACUCCUGCUUUGAAACAUUGGAUCUGAUACCUGUGGCUGGCUGGCAUGGACAAGGGCGGAAGGCGAAGUGGUGGUCACCCAUACUGCUCGCCGUGCGUAAUGAGGAGAGUGGCAUGCUCGAAGUUGUCUGCAAAUGCAUCUCCGGCUUCACCGACGCCUUCUACAAGGCAAACAAGGAGUUUUACGAUGAUGGCAAGGUAAGCGGGGAGUGCAAAAACACUCGAACGCUGAAGCCGAGUUAUGUCGAGUAUACCGGCCCCGGUCCCGAUGUGUGGUUCGAGCCACAGGAAGUCUGGGAAACAGCGUUUGCCGAUAUUACACUGAGCCCAACCUACAGGGCGGCAAUUGGCCUCGUAAGCGACGAGCGAGGCCUGAGCUUGAGAUUUCCCCGGUUCCUGAAAAGGAGGGAGGAUAAAGGUAUCGAUGAAGCUAGCACGAACGAAUUUCUAGCUCGCUUGUGGAGGAAGCAGGAGGCCAGGGCAACGACUGACGGGCAGACAAAGGUGGAAGCGGACGAUGACAUUGACGAAGAAUGA